UCGGGGGCAGGGAAACUCCAAACAAAUCUCCACAAGACAGAAGCUGGAUAGGUGGAAAGUUUCAAAAGACAGAGUCUUGCAUCGUAGAGAGUUUGAAACAGCAUUAGGGCAGAUCGGGUUGCAGUAAUUGUUAAGUGAAAGACAAGACGAGGAAGAAAUUACAGAAAAAGAAAAAAGAAGCAUUGUGCAUUAAGAAAAGGAAGGUUGCAGAAAGAGGUGUCUUCUUUUGGCAUAGAAGUGGCUUCUGUGGUCUCCACUGGCCAGUCUGCUGUGGUCUGUACGACCGGCAGAUUGCAGGAACGCAUCGACAGCAGCGAUAAAACCAUGAGGACUACAGUUCAGGUUCCUGAAGAGAACGCCAGACCCUUAAACCCCCCACAGCAACAAGCGGCUCGGCCUGGAAAACGCAGAAAACUCAUGACGGCUCCGAAGACUCAGGCGGAGAAAAGGCCGAACAGGAAAAAGAUCAUCAUUACAGUCGUGAUGGUGGUGGUUGUACUGGCCAUUGUGGCUGUGGCUGCUUUCUUCAUCAAGCAGUUGAUUGAGAGCAAGUAUUAUUUUUGCUCCAAGUCAGUGAAGUUCAUUCCGCUGGAGAAGGCCUGUGAUGGGAAGGAGGACUGCAGCGGAGCCGAGGAUGAGUCAGCCUGUGUCACGAAGUUUGGAGUCAACUCCACUUUCCCCCAAUCUGUCUGGUUUCAGGAUAAACAAGACAAAUCCCCCAACCUAACCUUCAUUCUGUCUGAUUUCCUGAAUCUGGGCUACUCAGCUAAACCCACUUUCAGUGCAGUUCAAGUGGGUAUAUUGCCGACUGAUCUGAAGAUGUCUUUCUGUACGGUGGGCUCAUCUAAACCCCAGACUUUCCAGUCGACCGUAUCAGAUCUUAAAGUAUGCAGUCAGGGAGCAGUCGUUGCGUUAACAUGCUCAGCAGAGUGUGGGUUGUCCAGAAACCAGGACCGGAUUGUAGGCGGACAGGACGCUAUCAUUGAGAACUGGCCGUGGCAGGUCAGCCUGCAGAGCGUCGGCCAGCACACCUGUGGAGGGUCACUGGUGUCUCCGCACUGGGUUAUGACUGCGGCCCACUGCUUCAGCGGGUGCGUGUGUAAAACACUCUUACAAAAAUCCCGUAGGCCAGUAUGUCUGCCACCUCAAGAUCUUGGCCUCAAAGGAGGAGAUAGCUUAGUUGUGACCGGUUGGGGACAUCUGACAGAAAAAGGAAAUUUGUCUCCAAAGUUACAGAAGGCACAGAUCCCUCUUAUAGACCCAGCCCAGUGCUCAAGUCCCACAGUGUACGGCGCUUCCGUCACUCCCAGGAUGAUCUGUGCAGGUUACCUGACGGGAGGAGUGGAUGCGUGCCAGGGCGAUAGUGGUGGUCCUCUGGUGUAUUCAUACGGCCGCUGGAUGUUGGUGGGUGUUGUGAGCUGGGGUUUGGGUUGUGCCAGACAAGAUCGUCCUGGUGUUUACACCAAUAUGGACCAGAUGCUCGACUGGGUCCAUUCAGUCAUGCAGGAGUACCAGUGAGUCUGGGAUGGAGAGAAAAACAGUAAAAGCCACAGCACAGAUUCACAGAGAUCUUCAGUCCUCAGAAAGAAGAUAUUCUACUGAAGAUAUAUUGAUUCACACAAAUUUGUGGAGGAAUCGCUGUGGGAGUUUUGCUCAGGGUCUUAAAGGUGCCAUGCGAAAGAUUUUGCACACUGAAAUAUAUCAUGUAUGUAUAUAAUGAGAACACAUAUGCUAACUUUUGUGGAUCUACCACAUUUUUUGGGACAGCAAUGCAAUCUUAAAGGAACAGUUUGCCCAUAAAAUGACAGUUCUGUCAUUAUUCACUCAC